GCACCCUCACCCUCACGGGAUCCGACUCCGGACUUGAGAGUUGAAUUGAAUUGGUCUAUUCUAAACCCGGAACGGAAUUCCAACGCCCUUCAAACAUAUUCCUAAGAAAAGAAUAGUCGCGAGACGAGACGAUAGUAAAUUACAAGUUUCUUUCUGAUCGUUAAAUUAAAAGUUGUGUGGUCUGCUUUCUUGCUUUCUUUGAUUCCCAAACCCAAACUUCAUACAGCCCCGUGGGACCAGAUUAAAAACUGUGUGGGUUCUUGGGAACUCACUGAUUUUUGCUGUAUUUCGCUGGAUACGGUUCUUCCCCUUUGGCGUUUCAGUUUCUUGUUCAGAUGGGUGGACGGUGCUGAUUAUUUGUGUUUCUGUACCUUUGCUGAAAGCUUUAGAGCUUGGUGUUCAAAUGGUGUUGUUUGUGUUGAUGUGAUUCUCUGAGUUUGUUGGAUAGAAGCACUUAAUAUAAUUCCCGGCACUCAGAACUUUGGCUGUGGCGUUGCUCCGUCUGCAUGAUGGAAAUAUGCUAAUAUCUGGUAUAGCUUGAUUACCCCGGGACUUUUGCUUCAUCGAAGCUUGAAAAGAAUUCAGUGAUGUAUUCAAUCCCUGUUGGGCAUGGAAUCAGGAUGAGAGAUAUUUAGAACUGGUUUAUUUUGGGUUGAAGUGAUAUAGACAGAUGAAGAUUAGACCUUGGCGGUGCGGAUUUCAGUGAUGCUGAUAUUGUGGUGGAAGACAAUAGUGUCGGCAUACACCGAUGCAUUUUAGCAGCUAGGAGUAAGUUCUUUUUUGAUCUUUUCAGAAAAGAUAAGGGUUGUGUUGGAAAGGAAGGAAAGCCAAAGUAUUGGAUGACAAAUAUCUUACCUUAUGGCAGGAUCGGAUAUGAGGCUUUCCUUACCUUCUUGAGCUACUUGUACACGGGAAAGCUUAGGCCAUCUCCAGUAGAGGUGUCCACAUGUGUCGAUAACAUAUGUGCCCAUGACGUUUGCAGGCCCGCUAUUGACUUUGCUGUAGAAUUGAUGUAUGCAUCGGCAAUUUUUCAGGUCUCAGAACUUGUCUCACUGUUUCAGCGCCGACUUCUUAAUUUGGUUGGCAAGGCUGUUGUAGAAGAUGUUAUCCCCAUUGUUGUGGUUGCCUUCCAUUGUCAAUUAAGUCAACUUCUCACCCAGUGUAUCCAUCGAGUAGCCAGAUCGGACCUUGAGGCGAUCUCUAUUGAGAAAGAACUCCCAUCUAAAGUUGCAGAGGAAAUCAGAUUGCUCCGCCUUAAUUCUCAGGUAGAGCAAGAAAAUAAAGUGGCGACGGUCGAUCCUUUGCAUGAGAAACGAGUUAAGAGAAUACAUAAGGCAUUGGACUCGGAUGAUGUUGAACUCGUCAGACUUCUCCUGACUGAGUCUGAUAUAACUUUAGAUGAGGCAUAUGCUCUCCACUAUGCUAUUGCAUAUUGUGAUCCCAAGAUAGUGACAGAGGUGCUUAGUCUAGGUCUUUCUGAUGUCAACUUGAGGAAUACGCGGGGUAAUACGGUUCUUCAUAUUGCUGCUAGGCGCAAGGAACCAUCAAUUAUAGUGUCACUUCUGACCAAGGGAGCAUCUGCAUCAGAACCAACAUUUGAAGGACAAAGUGCUCUUAGCAUUUGUAAGAGAUCGACAAGGCCAAAGGAAUAUCAGAUGAAAAGAGAGAAAGGGCAGGAAGCAAACAAAGAUCGUAUGUGCAUUGAUAUCCUGGAGAGAGAAAUGCGUAGAAAUCCAAUUGCAGGGGAUGCAUCUAUCUCAUCCCUUGCAAUGGCUGAUGAUCUGCAUAUGAAAUUUCUCUACCUAGAAGACAGAGUGGCAUUUGCACGGAUGUUUUUUCCUACUGAAGCCAAACUAGCUAUGGAAAUUGCACAUGCUGAAACCACAUCCGAGCUUGCUGGUCUUUUGUCAUCAAGAGGUUCAAGUGGGAACUUGAUGGAGGUAGAUUUGAAUGAAACACCCAUUACUCAGAACAAAAGGCUUCUUUCAAGAAUAGAAACUCUUACCAGAACAGUUGAGUUGGGAAGGCGCUAUUUCCCCCAUUGCUCCCAGGUGCUUGAUAAGUUUAUGGAGGAUGAUUUACCCGACGCGUUCUACCUUGAGAAGGGCACGCCAGAAGAGCAGAGAAUGAAGCGGAUGCGCUACAUGGAACUCAAAGAUGAAGUUAACAGAGCAUUCAACAAGGACAAAGCCGAGCUUCACCGUUCUGGUUUUUCUUCUUCAUAUUCGGCUUCCUUCAAAGAGCGGACGAGUUACAAAGUUCAAAAACUCUGAGAAGUGGAUGUUUUUCUUUCAGUUAUCCUCCCAGGAUUACUUGAAAUUAUGAUAGUCUUGUGGAGCUGUGUAUCAUGAAACCUUGGAUAGAACCUUUUUGAAUGCAAGUGCUUAUGCUUCAGGAGUAACUUCUCUUCAUUACAUGUGAAGAUUGAGUGUAGAAAGCUGUAAUUCCUAAGAUAUCAGUAUUAACAAGCGCAAAUUAGUUAAAUUUUCAGAAUC